AUGAGAAUCAAAUGCAAGCUAGCGGGACAGCCUCAUGGACAGGGUAUAUACAAGCGCAGCCAGCACGCAUUCACCCCUCCAUCGACUCCUUACAGCAGCCGCCUGCAAAUGAAGAGCAGCACGUACGACCCGACUGAAAAGGCCCCUGUUUCCCGUCAACAGCAGUGUCCCUUACCUGGGGACUCAUCGCAGGGAUAUCCCGCAUCCGAGUCAUGGAAUGAUGCGAGCUCGGUCGCACCGCCUGCGUACGAGACGGUGAACGACAGUUCGGGGACGAACCCCUUACAGCGCUUGCCUCCGGCCAGCCUCACCUACCCACACUUCCAGCCCGCUACCCUCGUCAGCGUCAGCGAGAAUCUUCAGAACGGAUUCCCGCUCACGGUCCCUCCGUCUGCCACCAUACCACACCCUUUCGCGCUGCACGACGUGCAUGAGCAAGAUUGGAAAGCGUUCUUGCUUGACGUCCAGGCGGCUGCGCCGUCGACGUCCAACUGCAAGUCGAGGUGUCCAGGGAUGAUGCUUAUGAUGAUACCGGCUGCUGCGAUCGGUACUGCAGGGGCUAGACGCAGGUGUAAUAAGGCAAAGGAAGCUGACGGGCUCAAUCAUGUCCAUGGUACAGUCGACAGCUGGAACAAAUACUUCUUCCAUCCACGCCGCAUGCAUGUAUCCCUCACACAAAACCGAGGCGGCGGUUCCGGACCCGACAUUUCAUCAGACCAUGAGAGCAGCUCGGACAAGCCUGAUGCAGGCGCAUCAAACUCGCUGCUAUCGAAGCGAAAGGAGCGAAGAGAGUCGGGAAGCACCCGUAGGACUGAACGGCCGCAGGAAAUACAGGAAAAGCGUGCGUCGAGGAGGUCCCAGGGCGGAAAAUGGCGCAUUGUGGUCAUGUAUAGGACCGCAAUGUGUGAUUAA